AUUGAAUUUCCGAAAUAUCAACUGAAGUCCUUCUAGCCUUCGGAUACAAGUCUGUGGCUAAGCUCUUCCCGAAUAUCGAAGAAAAAAGUAAAGUUUCUAGCAUCAGGGUAGGUCCCAACGACACCCAGUUUCAUGCUUAAACGUUUAUGCAUCGUCUAUUUCUUGGCGAGGAUUACAAGAAUAUUCGCCAAAUAAUCGGGAUGGUCACAGGUUUCUCACGAAGCCCUCAUAAUCCUGAGUUCAUCGACCAGGUUACGGUCCGUACUCCUGAGGGCACGCAGGAUAUUUCUGCCACUCUCGUUAUAGUUGCGAUCUCCCUAACUAUGCAUACUAAGAGACCGUGCAUCCCCUCGGAUUGCACGGUGCUUGGACUGCAAGCGGUGAUUCGAAGAGCAAAUGUCCGACAUUUCGAGGAUAUCCGUAAGGAAGAGAAUGGUAAAUGUUAAGGUAAGAAAGCGGUCAGCAAGCUCGACAAGGUAGCUCUGCAAUCUUUGCUGGGGACUGUCAAAGUGGAAGAAGGGACCCGUUUGGAUCCACACUUCAGGCCAACCGGACACGUGGCCACGCGCGGCCUUUUUGUUUCCUUCUUUCACC